UUAUCAUUCUGUCUAGAAAAUGUUUCUCUCUCAAGAAAACAACUCGUAGCUAUGUCCCAUUGAAGAUCAGGCAGGGAUCAGAAAAGAAGGAGGGAGUGAGAGGAAAGCGAAGUGAAAGGAGUAGGCUAUAGAGCAACCAACGAGACAAAAGAGACUGCAUUGAAUGUGAUGGUUUCCGUCUCGGAAGCCACAUAAUAUAACAACCUAGCCACAUUUUCUCUUUAUUCUAGACGGUGAGAAUACACCGGGGAGGGGACCAUUUACUUGAAGAAAAGGUGAAAUUCUACUCAUUCGAAGUGCGUAGUCAUGAGGACUCUAAACAUCUAGUCGUGGACUGGGUGCAUCUUUACUACAUCGAGUGUUAUUUUUCUGUGGGUUGGAGAUAGACCAGAACAAAGGGAGUCUUGAGCAAGGAGUGAGCGAGCCGAGCCCCAUUAGUCAUUACCGCCUCUGAAACCAGGCCAAAUGCGUCUCUGAAAGCGACAAUAUACAGUUUUCUCAAUUUCUGUCCGAAUAUUUUUGCCCAUAAGAGGAAGAAGAUAAAAAAAAAAAAAAACUGCAAUCGGCGCCCAGAAUGUUUCCUCAAAAUCGACCCCCGGCACCUCUCCAGCCACCCCCUGGGUCCUCAGCGUCCGCAGCGGCAGCUGCAGCUUCGGGAACCCCCCAGGCCCUGAAGCUCACAUACCCAGAGACCCUGGACCGCAUCAAGGAGGAGUUCCAGUUCCUCCAGACCCAGUAUCACAGCCUGAAGAUGGAGUGUGAGAAACUGGCCACCGAGAAGACUGAGAUCCAGAGACACUACGUCAUGUAUUACGAGAUGUCCUACGGCCUUAAUAUUGAAAUGCACAAACAGACAGAGAUCGCCAAGCGGCUGAAUGUGAUCUGUGCCCAGCUCAUCCCUUUCCUGUCACAGGAGCACCAACAGCAGGUGGUCCAGGCCAUGGAGCGCGCCAAGCAGGUGACUAUGGGGGAGUUAAAUGCGUCUAUAGGGGUACGUGGACUCCCCCCUCUACCUCAUACACAACAGCUGCAGGCGCAGCACCUCUCUCAGCACGUGGCCCAGGGUCUGCAGGGUCUCCAGGGUCUGCAGGGCCUGCAGGGCCUGCAAAUGGGGCCCCACCCUGGGGGCCUCCCUCACCCUGGCCUGGCGCUGGGCGGAGGGUCCGGCCUGCUGGCCCUGUCCGGGGCCCUAGGGGCCCAGCUGGCUGCCAAAGAGGGCCACGAGAGGGCCCACAUGGAGGCUGCCGCUGCUGCAGCCGCCGCAGAGCACCACAGAGGCUGGCUGCGGGGACGCGGGGCGAUGCUGUCCAUCAUGGACGUAGACCGUGAGGCUGGACCGAGCUCUAUGUCCAACGGGGAUAAGGGUCGUUCAGCAGACUACCUCAGCAAUGGGAAGAAGAGGAAAGCUGACGAGAAGGAGUUCAUGACAGAUUAUGGCAGUGAUGCGGAUAAGAGUGAUGAUAAUUUGGUGGUGGAUGAGGACCCCUCGUCCCCCCGCAGUGUGCACUCCUACUCGUCCAGAGAAAACGGCCUGGACAAACUGCCCCCCUCCCGUAAAGACGCCCCUCCCCAGGCCAGCCCCGCCUCCCUGGCCUCCUCCAGCAGCCAAGCCUCCCCCUCCCGCAGCAAGGACCGGGAGCCGCCGAGGGAGAAGUCCAGUACCCCAGGUAUGAAGCCAGGCACCCCCCACAGUUCCCAGGACUCCUCCACCCCCGGCCCCAGUGCCCCCCCACAGUUCCGCCCCAUCCCUGGCAAACCUGGCAUUGACCCACUGGCUCUAGGUCUGAGGAACCCUCUGGCGGUGCAGGGGGCGUACCCCCCCGGGGCAUUUGGCCUGCCCCCUCCAGGGGUGAACGGGGAACUGGCGGGGGCAGCAGCAGCCUACGGGGCGGGGCUCCACCUGGUCUCCCCCCAGAUGAACGGCUCUGCAGCCGCCGCCGUCGCAGCAGCAGCAGCCGGAUACGGACGAUCACCAGUGGUGGGCUAUGAGUCUCCUCACCCCCACAUGAGGGUCCCAGGGUUACCCGCCAGCCUGCAGUCCGCUGCCUCAGGAAAGCCUGCCUACUCUUUCCACGUGAGUGCGGAUGGCCAGAUGCAGCCGGUGCCUUUCCCUCCGGAUGCCCUGCUGGGCCCGGGCAUCCCGCGGCACGCCCGUCAGAUCCACACUCUGAACCACGGAGAGGUGGUGUGUGCCGUCACAAUCAGCACCUCCACACGCCACGUCUACACCGGCGGCAAGGGCUGUGUCAAGGUGUGGGACAUCAGCCAGCCUGGCAGCAAGAGUGCCAUGGCCCAGCUUGACUGUCUGAAUAGGGAUAACUACAUCCGCUCCUGCAAGCUCCUCCCUGAUGGGCGGACCCUCAUCGUUGGAGGUGAGGCCAGUACGUUGUCAAUCUGGGACUUGGCCACACCUACUCCCCGCAUCAAGGCGGAGUUGACGUCUUCUGCCCCGGCCUGCUACGCUCUGGCCAUCUCCCCCGACAACAAGGUCUGCUUCUCCUGCUGCAGCGACGGCAACAUCGUAGUCUGGGACCUGCACAACCAGACCCUGGUCAGGCAGUUCCAGGGCCACACUGACGGGGCCAGCUGUAUUGACAUCUCCAACGAUGGGACCAAACUGUGGACGGGGGGGCUGGACAACACAGUACGCUGCUGGGACCUGAGAGAGGGACGACAGCUGCAGCAGCACGACUUCACCUCACAGAUCUUCUCUCUGGGCUACUGUCCUACAGGAGAGUGGCUGGCAGUGGGUAUGGAGAGCAGUAAUGUAGAAGUGCUGCACGUCUCCAAACCAGACAAGUACCAGCUGCACCUCCACGAGAGCUGUGUGCUCUCACUCAAGUUCGCCUACUGUGGUAAAUGGUUUGUGAGCACAGGCAAAGAUAACCUCCUGAACGCAUGGCGGACACCCUAUGGAUCAAGCAUAUUCCAGUCAAAGGAGUCGUCUUCGGUGCUCAGCUGUGACAUCUCCCCCGAUGACCAGUUCAUUGUGACGGGCUCAGGUGACAAGAAGGCCACUGUGUACGAAGUCAUCUACUGAGGAAGGAGCGCUCUGAUUGGAUAAAGUGGGGGCGAGGCUCCCCUGGUGCACCCAAGGACUGUAGAGAGAGUGGCGGGCGUCGUGGAGACCAGAGACACACAUUGUACUUUGUUGUUUUGUUUACGUUUGUAAAGGAUGCAGAUGAGGGCGAAGUCGGAUCUCUGGAACUUUGACCUUUUAAAAAAAUGCUCUGAGAAAAAGCUGGUAGUCUAGCGACACAAUGUGGGAUUCUUCCAAAGACCUGUUUUUUUUCUGUUGUUUUGUUACCUUUUUUUCCUGUUUUUAACAAAAUGAAACCUCUGUAGUAAACAAAAAAAUAGCAAAAAGAAAAACCUUAUUUUGUUUAGCCUUUGAAUUCUGGACGAGUAGUAGGACCAUGGUGUGUGUGCGCCGAGGGAGAUAAGGGGGUUGUGAGGGGGCGAAGGAGGGUGGUGUGUGUGACUGUGCGUGCGUAGUUGACCACAGUUCUGUGUGUAGCUCAGUCCCUGGUCCCUGCUCUGCACUCACCUCAUAUUCGCAGCACAGGCAGGUGUCUAGCAGAUGGCAUGGCGGACAGACAGUUUGCUGUGAGAUUCCUAUGACUUUCAGCAGCAAUAUGGUUGUAUUAUUAUACAUGGUGAAAGGACAGACCACUAUCCAGGAUAUGAAACUAAAAUGUCCGUGUUCAAGGUAUUCUGCGACUUCAGGGAAAUGGCUACUUACUCCAUCAAGUCGACAACGACAUUAGCGUUUUCUAUUUUAUUUGUAGGGCACAUACAGGUAUUUUCACUACUGCAUCGUGACCUUUGAACUCGGUAUAUAUGAACUGUAAAUAAAGCUCUAAAGGCAAAAAAAAAGGACGUGGGUCGGAUUUGCUUAGAGCCGGGGAGAAAAAGAAAUUGUGCUACUAUUGGGAAAAACAACUAAUUGUAUGAUUAAUUUCUAUGAUGGUAUUUCCUUUAUAGUUGUAACUAAUUUGAAUUACAUAUUCCCAAGAGAAGCAGGGCCGUGACUAACCACCAUGGGACUGAUGGGUCUGGAAAGGUGGGUAACACAGCUCAGUGGGAGUUUUGAUAUGGGUCUGUCUGCUGGUGUUUAAUGUCAUUGUCUCACUGUGUCCUCAACUGGAAAUGGGGCCGAGGAGGACUUGCCUCUAACUUCAGUGUCCUCUCAACCCCCCUCCCCUACACACACCUUGUGUACUCUCUCUAUAGUACAGCUCUGCUCAGAACAGAAGCCUCAACCGUGAGUGGGGCUAAUAUCCAAAGGUGGACAUGGUCCAGGAGUGGGCAGUUCUGCCUGUGUACAGAUGGAUGAUAACGCAAUGUGUUCAAAGCUACUGUGUGACCCCUGUAAAUCUGAAUGGUCUGAUGAGUGUACAUGUUGAGAGAUGUCAUAUAAUAGCGAUGUCAUGGAGGCCCUCCAGGGCCAUGUCUUAUAAUGGACUCUCAUUAGGAGUCGGAUGAAGUUGCCUGGGCCUAGACAAUGAUCUAUGGGCAACACCUCCUGGAGGAGUUUGUGAUUAUGGGAUGAUUGAGGUGGAUGGUAGCACAUUCUCUCUAGAAGGGGAAGAUGGGGAGCCGGUGCAUACUGGCCAGGGGAUGGACCUGUGGGGCAGGUGAAAGACCUCCGGGAGGGCUGUGGGUGGGAGGGUCUGGGGGAGUGGGCGAGUUCGUUUUGCAUGGCCCGGGUGUGCAGAGUUUCAUUGGUCCUUAAGUGAAAUCUCCACCCACCGGGCCAUGCCAAACAAACUAGCCCAUUGAUGUGGGCAAGAGUAGAUCUGGGUGAUGUAAUGAGACUAAUAAACUAUUUUGUAUGGUU